GUUUUGUGUGCUAUCCCUUAUUAAAGUUUUAUUUUGACAUUCACACAUUUUUUGUUGAAUGUCGUGCCGUCAUUAUUUCUGCAAGUGUUCUAAACUGGUUGAAAGAAAAUUUGUUAAAGAUUUGAUUCAAUAACUGCCAGUAGUACACAACAUGGGCGGUCACGAUCACCAUCACGGUCCACCCUACAAAGUUCCGGACGCUUCGAUCUACAAGGUGUCGGAUGUUCCGCAACUGGUCGAAGUGGAACGUGCACUGGCGCGUCGUGGUUUGAAGGAUCCUUGGCUAAGAAAUGAAGUGUGGCGCUACGAUGUCAAAGAAUGGUCCACCCAUCGAGUUCGGUUGGUUCGAUUUUUAUUCAAAGGCUUUCCACUUGGAUUUGCUGCUUUCGUUGCCACCAUCGGAUUGGAGUACGCUCUCGGAGUAGACUAUCACGCUCAUAAUGGUCAUGGGGACCAUGGCAAGCAUGGCGGUCACUGAAGUCCCAGAACUGUCACACGGUGGUUGUUUUUGUUUGAAUUUUCGGAUUGAGAAAGAAUAACUAAUGUAAAUGAUUUAGAUCUAGCGAA